GAUCAUACAAAUUGUAUCAGACAGUCAGGUUAGGAAUUAGGAUCGAAAGAUUUGUCGCUGAUUUUGGAGGGAAAAGCGGCUGGCGUAGCUUUAGCUUAUUUUCUUUGGUUAAUUUGCAUAGUAGGUUUGUCUAAGUUUAUACCCAUAGUGUUAAAUUAAAUUGGUAAGAUGUCUCAAACAACAAUUACUUCAUUUUUUAAUAGUAGAAAACGACCAGCCGUUGACGAUAUUGUUAGUUCUAAAAGUAAAGUUCCCCAUUUAGAUAAAUCUUCACUAGCUAAUCCGAAGAGCUUAAGAGGAAAUAAUUUAAUUAGCAAAUGUGAAAGCAUCAAGAGCCCGAAAAAAGUUAAGAUUCCCGAUGUUCAUCCAAUAUCUGAAAGUCUAAAUACCUGUCCAAGUUCUAACAAGGGGUCAUCUCAGCCUAGCAAAGUAGCUGCCUUUUUGAAUAAAUCGAGUGUAUCAAACAUAGCAAAAAAUCCCGAUGUAUCUAAAUCUGCUUUGAAUACAGCCAGAAAAGAGUUAAGCUUGGGUGAUAUCAGAAAGAAAUUGGCUGGAAGCUCACGGUUAGCACAGUUAAAGACUUCAGCAGCACGAAUCAGCAAGGGUAUUCAUGAUUUAAAAGAAGCAAAUGAACAACGCAACCUAAUUGGAUUUCAAUCAAUUGAUGUGGAGGUUCCUUCAAGCCCCAGCAAGAGAGCAUCAUUAGCAAACAAGGAUCUGUUGCCUCCUAAAAGUGAGGGGUCACCAAUAGAAGUACCCCAGAGACCAUUGAUUUCACCUCGGAAAGUUGUUGUCAGUCCUGUUAAAAGCCCUAGUAAGGUACCUGCAUACAUCAGACAUGCAUCUUUGGCAGCACCUUCUACAAGCUUACCACUACCUCAUCAGUACAGAUUCCUUGCAGAAUUGUUCCGGGGCAUGGAAACAGUUGUGGCCUUGCUUUACAACAGGAAUGAAAAAAUAACAUUUGCCAAACUUAAACCCUCUGUACAAGAAAUGCUCAAGAGGAAUUUUACAGAGAAACAUCUAGCUCAAAUCAAAAAUUUGGUCCCAGAUUUCUACAAUUAUGAAGUGCAAAAGAUUAAAAACUUCAGUACAUCUGCUCAUAAAGAUGCCUAUGAAUUGAUUAUUUCUCCUAACUUCCCAAAUGAUAUCAAAGUAAUGAAUCCAAGUGUCCUUCUGGAGAGACGCAGAUUUUUCUAUGAUACUUUGUUGCAACUGGUGAAGAAACAUCAUGCACAGUUCCUCUCUACACUUGACCCUCCCAUGGUUAUUGCAGAUAAUAAGCUGGUGCGUUGGCAUCCUGAAUUUGAACUAGAAAAGGUCCCAGAAGUUGAAUGUGCUAAAUUGCCAGAGUUGCCAAAUGCAGAAAAAUAUUCAUCAGCGCAAGAUGUUUUAGCAAAAGCACGCGAAUUGUUUAAAUGCAAUACUAAAAUGGAACGAGCUCUUGAGAAGUUAGUGCAGGCUAAGGCUAGAGGACUGACAGCAGAGGAGCAGAAAGUCACAGGUAUCUCUGAAACUAAGCCUGAAGUUAAUCAACCUUCUACCAGUGGAGUGACUCUUUUGAACCCUGCUUUACGUAAUCUGCCUGCAUCAUUACUUGAGAAGGUUAAAGCUAAACAGGCUGCAAAGGCACUUGAGGCCAUGACUAGAUCCUCUGAGCAUGAACAGAAAUAUCGCAUCUACAGCCGCUUACCAGACCUAGCGAGGACUCUAAGGAACAUAUUUGUUACUGAGAGAAAGAAUGUCCUUGCUCUCAACAUAAUUCUCUCUAAAUUAGAUAGCAGCUUCAAAGCAAAUGUUUCUGCUAAUGAUCUUCAAAAAGAUAUAAAAGUCUUGACAGAAGAGGUCCCUGAAUGGCUUAAACUGCAUGAUGUAAGAAAUAUGACUUAUCUGAAACUCGACAAAAAUGCUGAUUUGAAUAAAAUUCUUUCUAAAUUAGAAGCAUUAGCAGAUAAAUAUAGAAAUGACUAAAUAAUUAUACUUAAUUAGUUGUUGAUUUGACAUUCAAUGCAAAUUAAGACUGAGAUCGUUAUUUAAAUAAGUAAUGCCCAAAGGAACUACUACUACAGUUCAUAGUUUUGUAUUUACGUACAAAAGUAUUAAGUAACUGCAAACUCAUUAUGUGAGUAAUAUAUUUGUUUAAAACAUAAAUAUGCUGCAUACUUUUGCUGACAUGUUAAAAUUCAUAUUUUUGACAUAUUCUUAUUUAUCAUUACAAUAAUACUUAAAUAAAUUGACAUAAGUAUUCAAUUUUAUAAGUUAAUCUUAAAAUUUUAGUUCUGUUUUCUGUUAAAUGAGAAUAACUAAAAUAUAAUUUCUUAAAUAUGAAAUUUCUUUAAGUAUAGUUUUUAAGACCUUCACUAAAUACUUGCUUUACUUUUUUUUAUUAUGAAUUUAAUUGGUAUAUUGACUUUUCUCAUUUGUUUACUAUAUUAAUACAUCGAUUUUUUUUCAAUAAAGUAAACUAAACGGCUGAAGUCUUUAUUUUCCCAAUCUCAUUUUGGCAACAAAUGUAGGUACUUAUAUUUAAAUGACGGUAAUAAAAUAGCUGAAUGGGAUACUAAUGUUAGCUUUAAUAUUCACACAUUAGAAAGUCAUGACUAAAUGCCAUUACCAUGAUGUUUAAAAGUGGAAAGCUCAUUUCUUCUUUUCAAUUUAAGUUAUAUUGCCUGCAUUAGGAUUUGGUAACUCAAGAUUAAAUGUCAAAAUGGGUGAUUUAAAAAGUUUGUGAACCUUAACCAAGGAAAGUUUAAAAAAUUUGAAAGUUCUCUUUCAUCAUCAAGUCUUCUAGCUUUUGAUAAACUUCCAGUAUAAUAAAGGUGCUAUGCUGUAAGGGAUAAAGACAUAUUUGUAUUUUGUUAUAGUUGAAUAACUAAGCAUAUUAAGAGGGUAAGGACUAGAGGAGAAACAAAAUAAGAUUAUGAACUUACAAGCUCAUUUCUUACAACUUUAGUCGAGAGAUGAUAUCGUUCCUUUGUAUGACAUCAACUCAUUUAACAUCAAUUACAAAAUUAUAAAUUAGUUAUUUGCUAAAGUUAUACGAUAAUUGGGUACAGUGCAAUAAAGAAUAUACAAGUGAUUGAUUCAUUGGCAUCCUUUUAAACAUAGUCAGUGCCGAAAUGAAAUUAAAGAUUUUUUAAAAAUUGCGUUUGACCUUAAUCUGCCUGUUAGUAAGCAAGAUGGGGUCUAAGGUACAAGAUCAAAUUCACUCUUGCGUUAAAAAUCCCUAAAUCAUAUCCCGAAUUCAGCGAA